AAGGCCGCAGAGAUGGCUGGCGCCUCGGUGAAGGUGGCGGUGCGCGUCCGCCCCUUCAAUUCCCGAGAAAUGAGCCGCGACUCCAAGUGCAUCAUCCAGAUGUCCGGAAGCACCACCACCAUCGUUAACCCCAAACAGCCCAAGGAGAUGCCCAAGAGCUUCAGCUUCGACUAUUCCUACUGGUCACACACCUCGCCGGAAGACAUGAACUACGCCUCACAGAAGCAGGUGUACCGCGACAUUGGCGAGGAGAUGCUACAGCACGCCUUCGAGGGCUACAACGUCUGCAUCUUCGCCUACGGGCAGACCGGGGCCGGCAAGUCCUACACCAUGAUGGGCAAGCAGGAGAAGGACCAGCAGGGCAUCAUCCCGCAGCUCUGUGAGGACCUCUUCUCCCGAAUCAACGACACCACCAAUGACAACAUGUCCUACUCUGUGGAGGUCAGCUACAUGGAGAUUUACUGCGAGCGCGUCCGUGACCUCCUGAACCCCAAGAACAAGGGCAACCUGCGCGUGAGGGAGCACCCGCUGAUGGGACCCUACGUGGAGGACCUGUCCAAGCUGGCUGUCACCUCCUACAAUGACAUCCAGGACCUCAUGGACUCAGGGAACAAGGCCCGGACCGUGGCGGCCACGAACAUGAACGAGACCAGCAGCCGCUCCCACGCCGUCUUCAACAUCAUCUUCACGCAGAAGCGCCACGAUGCAGAGACCAACAUCACCACAGAGAAAGUGAGCAAAAUCAGCCUGGUGGACCUGGCCGGGAGCGAGCGGGCCGACUCCACAGGGGCCAAGGGCACGCGCCUCAAGGAGGGAGCCAACAUCAACAAAUCGCUGACCACCCUUGGCAAGGUCAUCUCCGCGCUGGCCGAGAUGGACUCUGGGCCCAACAAGAACAAGAAAAAGAAGAAGACAGACUUCAUUCCCUACAGAGAUUCGGUGCUGACCUGGCUUCUCCGGGAAAACCUGGGCGGGAACUCGCGGACAGCGAUGGUGGCGGCGCUGAGCCCCGCAGACAUCAACUACGAUGAGACGCUGAGCACCCUGAGGUACGCGGACCGGGCCAAGCAGAUCCGCUGUAACGCCGUCAUCAACGAGGACCCCAACAACAAGCUGAUCCGCGAGCUGAAGGACGAGGUGACGCGGCUGCGGGACCUGCUGUACGCCCAGGGUCUCGGUGACAUCGCCGACACCAACACUGUGCCCGGAGGACCCAAAUACGCGUCCGACCUUGAUAACAAUAACCAUGGCCGUGGCGGGGCGGAGCUGAGCCCAGCCCCUGACAAUCUCUCCACAGUGACCAACGCCCUGGUGGGCGUGAGCCCCUCGUCCUCGCUCUCAGCCCUGUCCAGCCGUGCCGCCUCUGUGUCCAGCCUGCACGAGCGCAUCUUGUUUGCCCCGGGCAGUGAAGAGGCCAUAGAAAGGCUGAAGGAGACGGAGAAGAUCAUUGCGGAGCUCAAUGAGACCUGGGAGGAGAAGCUGCGGCGCACAGAAGCCAUCCGGAUGGAGAGGGAAGCGCUGCUGGCCGAGAUGGGCGUGGCCAUGAGGGAGGACGGCGGCACCCUGGGGGUGUUCUCUCCCAAAAAGACGCCGCAUCUCGUCAACCUGAAUGAGGACCCGCUCAUGUCCGAAUGCCUUCUCUACUACAUCAAGGAUGGGAUCACCAGAGUGGGCCGGGAAGGCGCAGAGAGGCGGCAGGACAUAGUCCUGAGCGGGCACUUCAUCAAGGAGAAGCACUGCGUCUUCCGGAGCGACUCCCGAGGGGGCAGUGAAGCCGUGGUGACCCUGGAGCCCUGUGAAGGGGCAGACACCUACGUCAAUGGCAAGAAAGUCACGGAGCCCAGUGUCCUGCGGUCAGGAAACCGCAUCAUCAUGGGAAAGAGCCACGUGUUCCGGUUCAACCACCCCGAGCAGGCGAGGCAGGAGCGGGAGCGCACGCCCUGCGCGGAGACGCCCGCCGAGCCCGUGGACUGGGCCUUCGCGCAGCGCGAGCUGCUGGAGAAGCAGGGCAUCGACAUGAAGCAGGAGAUGGAGCAGAGGCUCCAGGAGCUGGAGGACCAGUACCGCCGGGAGCGCGAGGAGGCCACCUACCUCCUGGAGCAGCAGAGGCUGGACUACGAGAGCAAGCUGGAGGCCCUGCAGAAACAGAUGGACUCCCGGUACCACCCAGGGGUGCACGAGGAGGAGGAGGAGCCCGAGGAGGAGGUCCAGUGGACGGAGAGGGAGGGUGAGCUGGCGCUGUGGGCCUUCCGGAAGUGGAAGUGGUACCAGUUCACGUCGCUGCGGGACCUGCUGUGGGGCAACGCCAUCUUCCUCAAGGAGGCCAACGCCAUCAGCGUCGAGCUCAAGAAGAAGGUCCAGUUCCAGUUUGUCCUCCUUACGGACACACUGUACUCCCCGCUGCCGCCUGACCUGCUGCCCCCAGAGGCCGCCAAAGACCGGGAGACUCGCCCCUUCCCCCGAACCAUCGUGGCCGUGGAGGUCCAGGACCAGAAGAACGGGGCCACCCACUACUGGACGCUGGAGAAACUCAGGCAGCGGCUGGACCUGAUGCGGGAGAUGUACGACCGGGCGGCCGAGGUGCCCUCCAGCGUCAUCGAGGACUGUGACAACGUGGUGACCGGUGGAGAUCCCUUCUACGACCGCUUCCCCUGGUUCCGGCUCGUGGGCAGUUCAGUCAUCUCUGGCUGCAACAGCUACCCUCUUCUCAACACAUGCAUGAGCGAGCGCAUGGCUGCUCUCACCCCCUCCCCCACCUUCUCGAGCCCCGACUCCGACGCCACCGAGCCUGCUGAGGAGCAGAGCCUGGGGGAGGAGGAGGAGGAGGAGGAGGAGGAGGAGGAGGAGGAGGAGGAGGACCUGGAGGACGACGUCUUUCCGGAGCACGUGCUGUGCGACGGCCGGGACCCGUUUUACGACCGGCCCCCCCUGUUCAGUUUAGUAGGAAGGGCCUUCGUGUACCUGAGCAACCUGCUGUACCCCGUGCCCCUGGUGCACCGUGUGGCCAUCGUCAGCGAGAAGGGCGAGGUGAAGGGCUUUCUCCGUGUGGCCGUCCAGGCCAUCUCAGCCGACGAAGAGGCCCCCGAUUACGGCUCCGGCGUCCGCCAGUCGGGAACCGCCAAAAUUUCCUUCGACGACCAGCAUUUUGAGAAGUUCCAGUCCGAGUCCUGCCCCGUGGUGGCGCUGUCCCGCUCGGGGACCUCCCAGGAGGAGCUGCGGAUCGUGGAGGGCCAGGGCCAGGGUGCUGACGCGGGGCCCUCGGCCGAUGAGGUCAACAACAACACCUGCUCAGCGGUGACCCCGGAGGGCCUCCUGGACAGCCCCGAGAAAGCCGCCCUGGACGGGCCCCUGGACGCCGCCCUGGACCACCUCGGCCUGGGCAGCACCUUCACCUUCCGCGUGACCGUCCUGCAGGCGUCCAGCAUCUCCGCCGAAUACGCCGACAUCUUCUGCCAGUUCAACUUCAUCCAUCGCCAUGACGAGGCCUUCUCUACGGAGCCCCUGAAGAACACGGGGAGGGGGCCCCCACUCGGCUUCUACCACGUCCAAAACAUCGCAGUGGAGGUGACCAAGUCCUUCAUCGAGUACAUCAAGAGCCAGCCCAUCGUGUUCGAGGUCUUCGGUCACUACCAGCAGCACCCGUUCCCGCCCCUCUGCAAGGACGUGCUCAGCCCCCUGAGGCCCUCGCGCCGCCAUUUCCCGCGGGUCAUGCCACUGUCCAAGCCAGUGCCUGCCACCAAGCUCAGCACGCUGACGCGGCCCUGCCCCGGGCCCUGCCACUGCAAGUACGACCUGCUGGUCUACUUCGAGAUCUGCGAGCUGGAGGCCAAUGGCGAUUACAUCCCUGCAGUGGUGGACCAUCGUGGCGGAAUGCCGUGCAUGGGGACCUUCCUGCUUCACCAGGGCAUCCAGAGACGGAUAACCGUGACGCUGCUGCAUGAGACAGGCAGCCACAUCCACUGGAAGGAAGUGCGAGAGCUGGUCGUGGGUCGCAUCCGAAACACCCCGGAAACCGACGAGUCCUUGAUUGACCCCAACAUCUUGUCCCUCAACAUCCUCUCGUCCGGAUACAUCUACCCGUCCCAGGACGACCGCGUCUCGUUCGGAAGUGACACUAGGACCUUUUACCAGUUUGAGGCUGCGUGGGACAGCUCCAUGCACAACUCCCUCCUGCUGAACCGUGUCACCCCUUACCGAGAGAAGAUCUACAUGACCCUCUCUGCUUACGUUGAGAUGGAGAACUGCACACAGCCGGCCAUCAUCACCAAGGACUUCUGCAUGGUCUUCUACUCCCGCGAUGCCAAGCUGCCGGCCUCGCGCUCCAUCCGUAACCUGUUCGGCAGCGGGAACCUGCGGGCCUCGGAGAGCAAUCGCGUGACGGGCGUGUACGAGCUCAGCCUGUGCCGCGUGGCCGACACGGGCAGCCCAGGGAUGCAGCGGCGGCGCCGGCGGGUGCUGGACACGUCCGUGGCCUACGUCCGGGGCGAGGAGAACCUGGCGGGCUGGAGGCCGCGGAGCGACAGCCUCAUCCUGGACCACCAGUGGGAGCUGGAGAAGCUGAGCCUCCUGCAGGAGGUGGAGAAGACCAGGCACUACCUGCUGCUGCGAGAGAAGCUGGAGACGGCCCAGCGGCCUGGUCCUGAGGCCCUGUCCCCCAUCCCCAGCGAGGACCCCGAGGCCAGCAGCUCACCCACCACCCCGCUCACGGCUGCGGGCCGGCCGUCAUCCCUGGAGGCCCCCAACCAGAGGCAGCGGGAGCUGGCCGUCAAGUGCUUACGGCUCCUCACCCACUCCUUCAACAGAGAGUACAGCCACAGCCACGUCUGCAUCAGCGCCAGCGAGAGCAAGCUCUCUGAGAUGUCUGUCACCCUGCUGCGGGACCCGUCCAUGUCCCCUCUGGGGGCGGCCACGCUCACGCCCUCCUCUACCUGCCCCUCCCUGGCCGAGGGCCGUUGCGGAGCUGCUGACCUGAGGACCCCACAGCCCUGCUCCCGGCCGGCCAGCCCAGAGCCGGAGCCCCUGCUGGAGGUGGAUUCCAAGAAGCCCCCCUCCCCUGCCCGGGCAACGGAGGCCGACAAGGAGCCCCAGCGCCAGCUGGUUCCCGACAUCCAGGAGAUCCGGGUCAGCCCGAUCGUCUCCAAGAAGGGCUACCUGCACUUCCUGGAGCCGCACACGGCCGGCUGGGCCAGGCGCUUCGUGGUGGUGCGGCGGCCCUACGCCUACAUGUACAACAGCGACAAGGACGCCGUGGAGAGGUUCGUGCUCAACCUGUCCACAGCCCAGGUCGAGUACAGCGAGGACCAGCAGGCGAUGCUCAAGACCCCCAACACGUUCGCCGUGUGCACGGAGCACCGGGGCAUCCUGCUGCAGGCCAACAGCGACAAGGACAUGCACGACUGGCUGUACGCGUUCAACCCCCUCCUGGCGGGGACCAUACGGUCCAAGCUCUCCAGGAGGAGGUCUGCCCAGAUGAGGGUCUGAGCCAAGCCCUCCCGGACAGCCAGCAGGCCCGGCCCCGCUCCCCCACCCUCGUCACCGUCCGUCGUGUCAUCCGCCACCCAGCCCUGAUCCCAGCAGACAGCCGACGCGCCCCCUCCUCCUGGGGGUGCCCGCGCUGGGCCCCGAAAGCCCGCCUCUGGCCGGGGACC